AUGACAGGAUGGAGUGGCCUGUUUAUAGAAGAGUCUCUGUGGGGAUUGGCUUCCACACUGAGUUUUCAUUUGCAAUGGCCACAAGGAUGACUUGAAAGGGCAGAGAAAACAAAGAAUUUUGUCAGUCGAAGCCUCAGCAUUGGGGAAGUGCUGUCCAUCGCAGACAUGGCCACAGGUGUGAAGUGUGGAAUAAUUUAUUGGCUGUUUGGUGGUGUUAUCAGGAAUCUCGGGAGCCCUGGACAUGUUACUAAGUGGUUUCAGCUCCUCCAGGAGCAGAAAUACACCGGGAUGUUUGCGAUGACUGAGCGGGGCCACGGCAGCAAUGUGAGAGGGAUCCAGACUGAAGCCACCUUUGACCUCUCGGCACAGGAGUUUGUCGUUGACACGCCCUGUAAAGAUGCCGAGAAGAUGUACAUUGGCAAUGCCAUGCACGGGAAUUACGCUGCCGUCUUUGCCCAACUCAUCAUUCAUGGAAAAUCCCAAGGUCCCCACUGUUUCAUCGUCCCCAUCCGGGAUGGAAAUGGAAACUCGUAUCCAGGAGUGACAGCUGUUGAUAUGCUCCACAAAGAAGGUUUGAAUGGUGUGGACAAUGGGAUUUUAAUAUUUGACAAGGUUCGGAUACCCAGGGAGAACCUGCUGGAUAAGUUUGGUUCUGUGACUCCAGACGGGCAGUACCACUCACCUAUUAAGAACAAGAACACAAGAUUCAAUGCGAUGCUGGCGGCGCUGACCCCUUCAAGAUUAGCAGUGACUUUCCAAGCCAUGGGCGCCAUGAAGCUUGGGUUGACCAUAGCCAUUCGCUACAGUCACAGCCGGAAGCAAUUCGGGCCCAAAGCCAAGGAGGAGGUGAAGAUCAUUGAGCACCAAACACAGACUCUCCGGCUGAUGCCUCACGUGGCCACGGCGCUGGCCUUGACCUUCGUCAGCAGGUACGCUGGAAACCUCCUGGAUGAGGAUAUCUUCCGGGGGAAGGAGCUGGUCAGCAGUCGUUCACUGCAGGCUCUGGUGGCGGGGCUGAAGGCCUACAGUACGUGGGAGACCAUCAGCUGCCUGCAGCACUGCCGGGAGUGCACCGGAGGCAUGGGUUACAUGAUGGAAAACCGGAUCGCGGGUCUGAAGUGCGACACAGAUGUGUUGGUGACUUUUGAAGGUGACAAUGUCGUUAUGCUUCAGGUGGUGGUUCGGGAACUGCUGACUCAAUACACCAAGCAGUACGAUGAGAAUCCACUCUGUGGCCAGCUCCGAAGCUGGAUGGAGUCCGCGGGUGACAAACUGAGAACCAGUUUCCUGGCAAUUGCGAUGGACACAGUUGGUGAGCUCGCCUUCCUGCUGAAGGCAGUGAAUUUCCGGGAAAGGGUUCUUCGGCGGAGUUUGGUGGCCAGGAUGUAUUAUAAGGUUAUGACAAAAAAGGAAGACUUCUUCAGCGCCUGGAACUCCUGUCUGCACCACGUCGCCUCCCUGUCUCUGGCACACACUCACAGAGUUACGCUGGAGCAGUUCUCCCUGGCGGUGAUGCGCUGCCCUGGCACCGAGGACCGGGUUCUGCUAAUGAAGUUUUGUCUGUUGUAUGGAACAAAGUUGGUGUUCGAGGAGCGAGCCUGGUAUCUGGAACAUAAAUACUUGACGCCUGCGGCCAGCAUGUGCAUCAGGAGACAGUUGCUGGAUCUGUGCGACUCAGUGAAAGAGGACGCCCUCAGGGUGAUCUCCGCUUUUAACAUUCCAAAGAGCACCCUCCACGCACCUAUCGCCGGGAUCCCCAGCCCGCGAGCCGCCUGGGCCUUCUAUCCCGAGUCCCCGCAGCCGGUGACCGAGGAAGGGACGCGUUCCCAGAGGUCCGAGCCGCCGCUCGCCAAGCUGUAACGGGGCGC